CUUAAACAGUCACGAAGAACACCACUGUGAAGGAGAAAAACAAUGAUUUCUAUCUACAUGAUCAUCGCUCUGGCAACAACAGCUCUGGCUAAAGGAUCUAUCGAAUGCAACUUCAUUGAGCCUGCUGGAGCUCAGCUGUGUUUUGGAGCAGUGGGACAGCUGUUGAUUUUCCAUCUGCCAAAUACAGCAAAUACAGAUAUUUGGCUGAAAAAGGAUAAUGAACAUACAAUUUUUAAGAAAGUCAAAAACAAGACAGUGACUCCUCAUGAAGAAUUUCUGAAUCAGCCUAAAGUCUUCCCUAAUGGAACAAUGAAACUAGGAAAUGCAAUGAAGAGACACACUGGAGACUAUGUCUUGGAAGUAUUUGGAUCUAAUGGGGUCUUACUGAAAAAAGUGAAAAUGCAUCUGGAACUACAAGCUCCAGUGUCCAAGCCAGCUGUGUCUCAGAAGUGUUUGUCACCAGAGCAGAUGAACAUCAGCUGCUCCUCUGAGGGAGAUGAAGCAGAGUUCAUUCUGACUUUGGAUGGUUACUCACUGAUUCAGACCAGAGCUCAAUGCCAGUCCCAGAGCAGCUCAACAGAAAAUGCACAGUCAAAGGCGAGGAGUAAAACUGAACAAGACAAACCCACAUUUUCGAAUGUUACCAUCAGCUUACACGGUCAGCUGACAGGAAACGUGAUGUGUCGUGUUUGGAACAACGUCAGCAGAGAUGAAACACUUCUUCAUCUGACAGGCUGCACAGCUUUCCUAUCUCACUCCCCUCUUGUUGUGGCUGUGAGAGCCGGUGUUAUCGCUCUACUUCUUUUGGCUUUGUGUCUUGGUAUCUGCCAUGUACAUAAGAAAACAAGACCCAAGACUGUGAAUGAAGGUGUCUCCAAAAGAUGGCAUUCUCUCCUGAGCUGUUACAAGACAUAGCAUGAUCAUCAUAUAAAUCAUCAUGCAACAGCACUUGCCUAAAUUCUCUAAAAACAGCAAUAAACUAAACCCUUUUAAAUAUACAUAUAUUUAUAUAUCCUUUCUGUGACAAAUAAAUACACUCUUAUUCAUUAUAACUGUUCUCCUGUUAAAUU